AUGGCCAAGAGGAAUCUGUUAUGCAAGAGCAAUGGCUACUGUGUCCCCAGCUCCUAUCCCUUGGAGAGCACCCCUCACAUUGGAGUAGGGGCUGCAGCUUGGGGCACCAUGGAACCAGUGGAGUGGAGCCGCCUUCCUAACAGAGCAGAAUCAGGAGCCAUUCACACGAUUGUCAUAAAGAUGGAGAAGAAGGACAGGCCUAUGGGAGAGGGAAAGGCAGAAACCUACCUACCUUAUGGCUUCUGUGCCAAGUCCAGGAAUGGUGUUUGCCCUGCGACGUCUGGAGAGCCAGCAACAAAGGAGGUCAUCAGAAGGCAAGAUGUUAAUUAUACAUACUGCAUGAUUGAGGAUUUUGGUCAGAGAUUCACCUGCAAUAUUUGGAAUACCAGUGGAGGCCUACAUCAACACAGAAUUUAUAAAGCAGCUGGUGCUAGUCAAAGCUAA